AUGUUAAGUGAAGAAUAUUCAAAUAAAACUGAACAACGAAAAACAAACAAAAAAUCGAAUUAUGAAAAAAAGAAGAAAACAAAGAAAUGUAAUUGCCGUAGUGGAUGUUCAAAACGUUCUUGUUAUUGCUAUAAAUCCAAUCGUGGAUGUGAUUCAUCAUGUGGAUGUGGUUCAUCUUGUCAAAAUUUAUUCAAUCAUCUUGAUUAUUUCUUCGGUGAAGAUAGUAAAUGCACUGCACAUCCUUGCUUUGUCGAUUGGCUUGUAAAAAAUGUUAAAAAUGCCGAUGGAUUAAAAAAAAUCGAUCGUGAAGCAUUGCAACAAAAGAUUAUGAGUUGUGGCAGAUUUUCAGAAUUAUCAGAUGAUGAAGAUUUUCAGAAGUGGUCGAAAAAAUGGAAUCGAAUUGAAGCCAAUGAAAAAUUAGGUCAUAUACAAAAAUUCUUUCGAAUGCUUCUAUCAGAUGAUGCAACAAUGCAUUAUUAUUCAUUCUGUAAUGAUGAUCUUGCAGAAGAUGAUUGUGAUUGGCAUUGUACUAUUUGUAAAACAUGUCGCGAUUGGCGUGAAUGGCAUUGUGACGGUUGUAAUAAAUGUAUGUAUUAA